CUUUAGUUUGAAUAUCUGCCUGAACAUAUCCUACAACUCUACAACUUCGCCGUUGAAUCCAUAUUGCUACUUUAGAUUCUUUCACAACUCACAUAGCUAUUUGAAGCUAACAGUCUACAAUAAGCUUCAGCUUUCCUACUAAAGAGUCCCUAUAGUCACCCCACAUUCAAGGCAUAAUGGGUCGCUGGUCUCAGUACGAUACUGACGAGGAACGCCUACCUGAGGGUAUGGAACGUAUUGGCUACGACGCCGACACUCAGACGUAUACAUUUCGUGACUCCGACGGUGGCAUUUGGGAGAGCGCACCUGGUAAUCGUUAUGGCCAACUUCAUCGCGUUAAUACGACCUUCCCACCUUACGGCGACGAUACACACGAUGCUACCGAACCACUGCAUGAAGCGACCGAAAACACAUCGUGGCGACACGAGAUGGGACCCCUACUCAAUUGGUUUUUACUAGUCGGCUUAUUUCUACUCUUCAUCUUCUGGUUUAUUAGCCGUACGACCGAACGGGUCGCUCCAAUUACUUGCGGCGACCACAGCAGCCCAUACCAGAUCAAAUCAGGCGACACCUGUUGGGCAAUUGCCGAGGAACAUCACCUCUCACUAGACUCUAUCAUGCAUGAGAAUCAGGGUCUUGAUUGUGACAGGCUGGCCCCUGGUGGCACCCUCUGUAUUCCAAGGGUCUAGAUUGCGUAGCUGCGCUACACACCUAAGCCGAUACAUCCAUACUCUCUACACAACCUUAACAAAUCUAUCCGGGGGACAUAAUCCACGACUUCACAUAUACCACUACACGGUCAUCC